AUGGGCGCCCACCAGUCAUCUCACAAAGGCGCUGCAGCAAGCGAUGACUCGCCCAAAAAAACCGACUACUACGAUUUACUAGGAGUUGAUCGUCAAGCUAGCGAUGACGAAAUUAAAAAGGCCUAUCGAAGGAAAGCCCUAGAGCUGCACCCAGACCGAAAUUACGGUGAUGUCGAAAACGCUACCCAACGGUUCGCUGAAGUCCAAUCUGCCUAUGAAGUCCUCUCUGAUCCACAGGAGCGGGCUUGGUACGACUCUCACCGUGAUGCAAUUCUCCGUGGUGACGAUCCGGCCGAUACCGAAGCAACCCCCGAAUAUAACGACGUCCGUCUAACUACCGCCGACGAAAUAUACACCCUGAUUGGUCGUCUCAACAAAUCAGUCCCGCUCGAUGAUUCCCCGGCCGGCUUUUUCACCAAACUGCAAGAUACAUUUAAUAAAAUAGCCCAGGGAGAACUUGCAGUCGCUGAGUGGGAUGGCUUAGCUCCACCUAACUUUCCCCCCUUCGGCUCAUCCAAGGAUGGCGAUCGAGUCGCCCGGACAUUCUACAGCAGGUGGUCCAAUUUCUCCACCAGGCUUAGUUUCUCAUGGAAAGAUAAAUGGCGGCUCUCAGAGGCUCCAGACCGGAGGGAACGCCGCUUCAUGGAGAAAGAGAACAUGAAACUUCGCGACGAUGGCAUACGCAAGUUCAAUAAUGCUGUGCGGUUGCUCGUCGCCUUCGUUCGCAAGCGUGACCCCCGUUGUGUGUCUGAUACACAAUACGAGGCCGAGAGGCAGAAGAUAUUGCGCGACUCGGCAGCGGCACAGGCAGCUAGAUCAAGAGCCGCAAACCAGGAGAAGCUGAAUGAUCCUCUUGCCGUUCCUGAGUGGGCGCGACCUCAGGAUGACGAUUACAACCAGGGCGACUUCUCUGAGACGGACGAGGAGUCUGAAGUCGAGCACAUAGAAUGCGUAGUAUGUAACAAGACAUUCAAGAGCGAGAAGCAAUACGAGGCUCAUGAGAAGAGCAAGAAACAUACGAAGGCCGUGCAGCAAUUGCAAAGACAUAUGAAGAAGGAGAGCGCAAACCUUAACUUGGACAAAGAAAAUCCAUCAAUGUCCUCGACGUCCGAGAUUCCUGUACUCAGUGACGAUGCAGUCAGUGUUGAGAAAGGCGGCACCGACGUAUCUAUCCAGGCAGAAGAAACGUCUACAACUGACAUGGAACCUACCAGCCCAAAGGUUACGACGGCCGAGGACAAGGAUGAGAGUGAAGAUAGCAGUUAUGCUUCCCGAGACGCUGUAGCAGCACGUCUUGCCUCGACACAACUGGGGAAGCCAGCUAUUUCGCAGGGAGACCCAGAAGACCAAGCUGAUGAUCUUGUCGGCAGUAUAGAUGAUAUCUCUCUUGCCACCAGUAAGCCCGUCAAGAAGGUCGGUAAAGCUAAGGCCAAGAGAGAAAAGAAAGCCGCUCGGCAAGCUGCGUCCCAAACACAGGACGACUCCAUAUGUGCAGCGUGUAAUACUAAAUUCGAGUCGAGAACCCAGCUUUUCAAGCACUUGAAGGAAACAGGCCAUGCUGCAGUUAAACCUAAUACUACAACCAAGCCUAACAAGAGUCGGCGAUAA